AUUCUACAAGAUGUUAACUUAGCAAUAGUUGUACGUUUUGCCUAAACGUCAUGAGGCUUUUUAUCAAUCUUUGGCUCUGAUGUGAUGUAAAAUCUGCUUCCGAGAUGGCAUUACUGGAGGUCUAAGCUAUAAUACUACUUUACCGGACAAUUUGAGUAUAGUUCUCUAGUGUUGUGACAUGUUUGUGAAGUACUAUGAGACCACGUGACAAAUAUGCUUGUAGGCGUGAGGGGCAUUUUAUUGCUGUUAUUCAUUGCGGCAGUGAGAUCAGAGAAGCGAUGUCCACCUCAAGAAGCCAUCUUACCCUGUCGGUGCAUAGUCAAGAAAGAAGAAUAUCAAAUAUGGUGCUCCCACAGCGACCUACCAAGGGUCCUCGACUCCCUCAGAUCUCUCUCAAAACACAUCAAAGAGCCCAUCGACGAACUAAUCUUGGAAAACAACUACCUACCGUCUCUUCCUGGAAGAGCCUUCACCUCUCUUAAGGUUUUAAGACUUAUGCUACGCCAAAAUGCACUUGAAAGACUUUCUACAGACUGGUUGGCCGGUCUUGAGGACAGUCUCAUGGAGAUUUUUCUUGUGGAGCCUCAGCUGAGAAGCAUUCCCGAUGAGUCCUUAUCCAAGCUUAUGUCUCUGCAAGCUGUUACUAUUCAGUCCAAAUUGUUGAAGAGGUGUCCACUACUAUCAGAUCUACCUAAGUUGAGAUAUAUUCAGAUAGAGUCACAACUUUUGCUUGAGCUUAAUCCUAUUAACUUCAAAAACAAUCCUAGUUUGGAGAAAAUUCACAUAACUAACUGCCCAGCAUUGACUAGACUAGAGGGGAACACGUUUUCUGAUCUCCCAAAGCUUGAUCUCAUUAACAUCACGAAUAGUGGUAUCAACUGGAUUCAUCCAAGGGCUUUAACAGCACUACCUGAGCUCAAAGAACUCAGAUUUGUUGGUACCAAGUUUAUAGAUGCCGGUAUAGUUGGUAGAGGAAGUCGAGAUCUCCCACAACUAGAAAGCAUAGUGUUAGACCACAAUCAGAUUGACAGAGUAGGUGAGGCUGCCUUCGUAGACAUCCCUUCUCUCAAGAGGAUAUCUCUGGAACACAACAUGAUUAUGGAAUUGCAUCAUGGAGCUUUUCAUAGAGUUCCAGAAUUGAGAACAUUAAAUCUGAACAACAACGUGGUGAAAAGGAUUCACCCCGAGAGCUUUCUACAACAAUCUGGUAGCGGCUUAGAAGAACUGUUUUUGGUCAGCAAUGAUAUCAACCAUGUAGCUGAGCUUAGAUCUCUUCUAGAUGCCUUACCAAGACUGAUAUUCCUGGAUCUGAGCUAUAACAACUUGGAGUCGAUACCAGGUGGUGCCUUAAGGGGCCAUGCCACAUUAGAACAUAUUAAUUUGAACUAUAAUAAGCUGAGGUCAAUCGGGAAGGAAGCAUUUAUGGCAAUGCCUGCUUUAAGAGAGUUGAGGUUGAAGAAUAACUCGCUCACUGACAUAUUUCCAGGACCAUUUUGGAAUUUACCUGCGCUCAAAGGUUUAGACUUGUCACAGAACUAUUUAAGAAAAUUAGAACCUACAUUCUUAGAAAACUUACCAUCCCUUAGGCGUUUGGAUUUGAGUGGUAAUGAACUCACUAUGAUAGAGCAAACAGCAUUUUUACCCACACCAUCGCUAGAACAUGUCAACAUUUCCUACAAUCAUCUGAAAGUAUUACAUCCUGCAACAUUCAGGCAUCUUCUACACUUGUAUGAGUUAGACGUGAGCCACAAUCAGUUGCUAGAGUUCGUACCAGGAUUGCCGAGAGGUGUAGAGCAUCUUCAACUUCACCAUAAUGAAAUUCAGCGCAUACCACACUUGCAUUCUCCAGAUCUAGAUCUUCCUGCUCUGAAGUCGUUGGAUCUAAGUUCAAAUAGAAUAGAGAAUAUCGGUGUAGGGACCUUUAAAACACUACCCCAUCUUAAGCGUUUGUACUUAGGAGAUAAUUUGUUGAAAAAGAUAGAAGAACACGUGCUUGAAGGUAUGUCUCACUUAGAGAUACUUGACUUAAGGGACAACAGACUCACUGAGGUUCAUCCAAAUGCUUUCAAAUCUUUGCCAGAGUUGAAGCAGAUUGUUCUGAAGAAAAAUCAUCUAGAUUUGUUAGUACCAGAUUUGUUGAAAUUCUCCCCAAAAUUGAGAAGAGUUGAUAUAAGCGGAAAUUCCUUACCCGAAUUGCUUGCUGGCACCUUGGAUAAGAACCUUGAAAUAGAGAGCGUUGAUGCUUCAGAAAAUGUUUUGGUACAGCUUCCCAAGACCUUCCAAAACCUCAGAACUUUGAAGAAGCUAGAUUUAACCCACAACAGGAUUAAAAAUAUAGAUCCCGAUAUACUGAGUACACUGACUAGUUUGAAGUCAUUGAAGCUUAGUAGAAACUUCAUCCAGGAGGUCAAAGAAGGUACAUUCCAUAAUCUAGCUCAUCUCAAGACUUUGCACUUGGAUAACAAUGAAGUGGAGAUCAUAGAACCAAAUGCCAUCAGAGCCCUGCCAGUACUAAAGUCUAUCAAACUUAACAAGAACAAAAUAAAAGAAAUUCCGAAUCUUGCCUUCAAUAAGCUUCCUUCUCUGCAGACAGUAGAGCUGCAAGAGAACUAUAUCAGAACCAUUGCUCCUAAAGCAUUCAAUCUGGUACCACAGGUGAUUAUGUUGAACUUAAGCUAUAAUCAAAUAUUCGACAUUGAGGAUAUUGGUUUGAGGAGCAUGACCUCUUUAGAGGUAUUGGACCUGAGUAACAAUCGCGUAACAAGAUUAAACAACGGUGUGUUGGAAAAGAUGGAAUGGAUGGUGGAGCUCAAAAUGGACAACAACGAAAUAUGUGGGGUGAAGGGACCAGUGUUCAACGGGAUGCCGAGACUGAGGGUUUUGAGUUUGAGGAACAACAAGCUGAUGACGUUUCCAGAGAGGGCUGUGCAGAGAUUGAGGAGUAACAUUGCCAUGCUGGAUCUUGAUGGCAAUCCUCUCUCCUGCACCUGCCCGAUGCUGUGGCUUCAGGCGUGGCUCCAGGAGACCCCCCACCAGCGAGGUCCGAAGUGCUCCGAUGGCAGCCUCUUGAGAGGCAUGCGGACUUCCAGGCACGAUUGCACCGAAGAGCAGCGUAACGCCCAGAUCUAUGCUCCAGGGUGCGAAACGGAGAGUCUCACCGGAGUGGGGUACGGGAACACUCAGACCUCCGCUAAGUGGGUGGUGAGAAACAACACUAGUGUGGAGAAAAAUCAGUUAGCACCAACCCCAGAGGAGUCAGAAUACUUCUACGAUGAAUAUGUCGAUUAUCCAAUCAACGAGACUAUGAUUGAACAGGGUGGCCUUGCUGGAAAUAGCAAGAUUAGAGAACCUAUUACUACUCAGAGCAGCUCCGAAUCACCCCCACGUCCUACAGCAGGUACACCUACAAUCUACGCAGCGCCCAAGAACAGAACCAAAAAGCCAGAUAUCCCAAAUAAAGUCACAAACUCACCAAGCAGCAGUGGAUUCACCUUUUUCGGAAUACCACUCAAUACGCUUCUGGGAGGAAACUUCAUCCAAAAACAAAAUGUACCAAAAGCUGAAAGAAAAACUGCAGUGGUCAACAAAGGCAAUGAAAGAGUUACUAUGGGAAACAUCCAGUCACAUUUGCCUUAUAUGAAGGCUACGAUCAACAGGCUUCAACCACCUUUGAUGCAACCGCCUCCUAUGCAGCCACCAUCUGCGCCACAAUUUGAAGGAGGAUUUAAGCCUAUUCUACCUGGAGAUGGAGGUUUUAAGCCUAUACCACAUCCCAUGACGGAACCACCUGCUAAUGUUGCACCUCCGAAGGUGUCUCAGAGAACUUCCCAUGUUGUUGCUGUUGAGAAUAAGUUCAAUAGUUCUUUGCCUCAGAAUAAGAGUAGUAGUAGCGUCCCCACUGCAUCUAGUCCCCAUUUGUUGUCAAUAACACCUCCUUCAACUAAAAGUGGGAGUUCGGAACAUUUCAAUGUAUCAAAGAAAGCAUUGACCGAAGAAAAACAGCAUAUAAAAAGCGAGUUAAACGUUUUGUCAGAAUCGGUUCAUAGCAGUUAUUUGAAAAAUGCUUCCGAUAUUCCUCUAAAAUCUCCUAGUAACUUGGUUGGCACUCCAAGUACCGCUGUCGACAUCACAACUGCAGCAGAUAUAGCAAAUUUGCAAACACAAACAACAGCAACCCCAGACACUACUCCUAUGACAAAAUCCUCUAUAACAACUCCUGUUUCCACCAGUACUCUUAGUUAUAGUGUUUCAAAGAUCGAAAGGGUAACCAGUGUAACUCCAACACUAUUGGCACCGGUAGCCCCUCCACCUCAGUUGAACAGAAAUGGCGGCAAGUCUACUAUAACCAAAAUAGCAUCACCAGCUCAAUCAGAAAGCCCUUCAACAUCAUUACAGUCUACCAGUGCUUUUCUACAGUCUGAUUCUGCGGACUUCUUUGUACCAGAUCCAAUGGCUCAUAGGGAACCUAAGAAGACUUUGAUCGACAGUAGAAGCUUUAACACGAAAAGUGAUAAGGACUGGUAUUUUGCAAAUUACAACAAAACGAAUUUGGAGCCAUUCGUUGCGAAAAUAAUUAACGUUAAUGAUAGUGCAAAUGUAGAUGUAGGUUUUAUUUUCAUUGUAUUUAAUCUAGUUCUAUUAAAUCUAUUUUAAAGUAUAA